AUGUCAACUUUGACGAAGAGGAAAAACAACCCAAAGCCUCGCCGUCCUCCUGCCCGAGAAUUACCCGAGGAUAUUAUGGCAGAGGCUCGAUCAAUGAUUUUCAAGGUCAAAAAACCAUUUUAUAGACGUAAGAGGUUCAAUUUCAUCGUAGGUGUUUCGGUAGGGUUGUUAGCCAUGUAUGCAGCCUCAACCACACCUGCUGCACAGACAUCUUUAAACACCUUACAUGACUAUUUAUUGUUGCAAUUGGCGGAUAUCGAUCUGGCAAACAUUUUGCCACAAUCAGAGAUGGUGGAUGAAUUUCUGGGCAAUUUUACGAACUUUAUCAAGCCUACUCCUGCCACAGAGAUUUCCUUUAUGCCAGCCGCUGACUACAAAGAACAACUUGAUUUGAAGCCUCACUUUCCCGUUGUCAUGAUUCCUGCCAUGAUUCGCUCUGUCUUGUUGGACAAGGAAAGCUGGACAGAGCAUAUUAUGCUGGACCCUAUUACCGGUUUAGAUCCUCCUGACUACAAGGUCAGAGCAGUUCACGGUGUAGAAGCUGCAGACUACUUUAUUACAGGUUAUUGGGUAUGGGCUAAAGUAAUUGAGAAUUUGGCAACAAUUGGCUAUGACACGAAUACGAUGCACUUUGCUUCUUAUGACUGGCGUCUUUCAUUUGCUAAUCUUGAAGUACGAGAUCUUUACUAUUCUCAUCUAAAAAACACCAUUGAACUGUCCAAGAAAUCUUCAGGUGGUCGUAAAUCUGUUGUGGUGACACACUCAAUGGGUAGUACAAUGUUCCCUUAUUUCUUAAAAUGGGUUGAAAGCGAACAAGGCGGCAAAGGUGGACCCAAUUGGGUCAAUAAUCACAUUGAAUCCUUUGUCAACAUUGCAGGUCCUUUAAUGGGUGUACCUAAAGCAGUCACCUCUCUCUUGUCUGGUGAAACAAGAGACACAAUGGCGCUAGGCAGCUUCGGCGCAUAUGUCCUUGAAAAGUUCUUUUCUCGCCGUGAAAGAACAAAACUGAUGCGUUCCUGGUUUGGCGGGUCUUCCAUGCUACCCAAGGGUGGCAGUGCUGUUUGGGGUAGUCAAGAAAGUGCACCCGAUGAUGAAAUGAAUGAAGAAUACAUGUCAUUUGGUAAUAUGAUUUCGUUUGUUCCUCGCCCUGAAGGCAUGGAUGAGAAUUCAACCGAGAUCCCUAGCUCAUUGCAUGACCCUUUGAUCAGGAAUUACACUGUAACUGGUGCUAUUGACUUGCUCUUAUUGAAUGCGGAUGAUGCAUAUGGUCGACACUUACAUGCAAACUAUUCUUUUGGUCUCACAACAGAUAAAAAGCAAUUGGCUGACAAUGACAAUGACCCUACAAAAUGGUCUAAUCCUUUAGAAUCUCGAUUACCUAAUGCUCCUGAUAUGAAAAUUUAUUGUUUCUAUGGCGUUGGUGUAUCCACAGAACGUAGUUACUUCUAUGCUGUUGCAGACGAUACAUUAGAAGAAGAUUGCUUUGAUCAUAUCAAUGGUACUGGCUGUACUUGUAAAUCAGCACUUACUUCUGAACCUACGUAUCCUGUUCCUAAAGCACCUAACUUGUAUAUUGAUGCCAGUGUCAGUGACCCCGUACAGCGUAUUGAGACAGGGAUUCGGUUUUCAGACGGAGAUGGUACAGUUCCUCUUUUGUCUUUAGGCUAUAUGUGUGCUCCUUCAGGAGGUUGGACCAAGUACGCCGACCUGUAUAAUCCAGGUCAUAGUCCUGUCAUUCUUCGUGAAUAUCAACACGAAAUCAGUCCUAGUAAGUUAGAUGUACGUGGUGGUUAUAAAGCAAGUGAUCAUAUUGAUAUUCUUGGCAAUUGGGAAAUGACUGUAAGUAAUGUAACCUGUCGGAGGAGUUUUUACUUAAGCAUGUAA